AUGAAGUUGUUAUUAUAUUUAAGUCUUGUAACGAGUACAUUAUGUCUGAAUCUAGACUAUUUAGAUCCGAUUAAGUUGCAAACACAAUCUUCGCCGGACGUACAGAGGCAAGCAGCGCAAGAUAUUAUAAAUAGUUUACUCCACACCCAGUACAACUUCGUUGCGGUCGAUGUAAAUCCAAUUCUAUUCAAAGAUCAUAAGGAUGUAUUCUCAUUGAGAACCGACAAUGGGAAACUUAAUAUACGUGCGAGCAGUGGAGUUGCGGCAGUGUGGGGUUUCAACUAUUACUUGAAGAAGUACUGCAAGAGCCAAGUGGCCUGGCAAGUGUCCCGAGUAGUUAUUCCCUCGCCAUUACCAGAAGUCGAUGAGACCGUGAUAGCCAAUGACAGAUUUAGAUAUUACCAAAACGUUUGCACGGCGUCGUACAGUUUUGUGUGGUGGAAUACGGAUGAUUGGAAGAACCAUGUCACUUGGAUGGCAUUAAAUGGCAUUAAUAUGGCAUUAGCUCCGGUAGCACAAGAGGCCGCAUGGACGAGGAUUUAUAGAAAUCUCGGAAUGUCUGACGACGAUAUUAAGGAACACUUCACGGGACCUGGUUUCCUCGCUUGGCUUCGAAUGGGAAAUGUCCACGGUUGGGGAGGGCCGCUACCUCAAUCUUGGCACGACAGGCAGAAACAAAUACAAGAAGUCGUCACAGAUUUGAUGUUCAAGUUAGGCAUGAUACCUGUGUUUCCAGCUUUCAAUGGACACGUACCCAAGGCAUUUGAAAAAAUAUUCCCAAACACAACCUUCCACCCGGUGGAGACGUGGAACAAAUUUGACGAAGACUACUGCUGUAAUCUAUUCAUAGACCCCAAGGAACCGCAAUUUAAGAUGAUAUCUAACAUGUUCUUGAGAGAAAUAACCGCUGGAUUGGGCACCAGUCACAUAUAUACGGCGGAUCCAUUCAACGAGAUCAAAAUACAACCCUGGUCUACAUCAUUAGUAGUGGAAACAGCUAAAGCCAUAUUUUCAAGCAUCUCCGAAUACGACAAAGAUGCCGUGUGGCUUGUACAGAAUUGGAUGUUCGUUCACAAUCCUUUACUAUGGCCGUUGAAGAGAGUCAACAGUUUCUUAACAUCUGUACCGAACGGUAGAAUGCUUGUGUUAGACCUUCAAUCGGAACAAUGGCCACAGUAUGACUUAUAUCAGAUGUAUUACGGUCAACCGUUUAUUUGGAGUAUGCUACAUAAUUUCGGGGGUACUUUGGGUAUGUUCGGUAAUACUAAAACUAUAAACAAAGACGUGUAUGAAGCAAGGAAAAGGGAGAACAGUACUAUGGUAGGGAUAGGACUGACCCCGGAAGGCAUAAACCAGAAUUAUGUUAUCUACGAUUUAAUGUUAGAAUCAGCUUGGCGCAAGGGACCCGUUGAGGAUCUAGAAGAAUGGGUAUCAGACUACGCUGAAAGGAGGUACGGCUGCAAUGAAACUUCAUUAGCAUGGAAAUAUCUGCUAAGGAGCGUCUAUAAUUUUACAGGUCUAAACAGAAUAAGAGGUAAAUAUGUAAUGACUAGACGUCCAAGUUUCAACAUUAGACCGUGGGCGUGGUACAAGGGUCAUGAUUUGUUCGAAGCGUUAAAGAACUUCGUCUAUGUACAAAACCCAGCCUGCUCUACACGAGGUUUCUUACACGACUUGGUAGAUGUCACGCGUCAAGCGUUGCAAUAUAAAAUUGAACAGAUAUAUAUGAACUUACAAAUCGACAGAUAUUCCAAUUACAUGGUGUUUAACUACACCAUAACAAGCUUCAUAGAUGCUAUGACCGAUAUGAGAAAUAUAUUAGCAACGAACACAGAUUUCCAAAUAGCGUCUUGGUUAUCCAGUGCGAAUGCAAUCUCAAAUGUACCUUUGGAAUCAUCACUUUAUGAUUUCAACGCGCGCAAUCAAAUAACCCUAUGGGGCCCUAAUGGGGAAAUCAGUGAUUAUGCUUGUAAACAAUGGGCCGAACUUUUUGAAUACUACUACAUACCAAGAUGGUCUACAUUUUUAUCCAUGGCAUUAGAUGCUAUGACAAGAAACGAAGUAUUUGAUGAAAAAGGCGCUCAGAGAGUAGUAAGAUCUUCAGUGGAAGAGAAAUUCGCAAGCAUCAAUAUAGUAAACAUGCCAUCAGGUAAUCCACAACAGCUCGCCUUAAAUCUGUACCAAAAAUGGUUCAGUGCAUCAACACACGAAGAUUUACCUAUGAGAAUAAUUAAAAAGGAUCCAAAGAAAAAGACAACAUUACCCGAUACAGACACAGACGGUGAAGAUUACAGUGAAAAUACACCAACAGUUAUUUUCUGGCAAUCUACGACUCCUAAUUAG